CUGAAACAAUUUUCUCACCUCCUGCUGUUUUUUUGCGUGUCUGUGCUUCUCAUGUAUGAUUCUAGCAAACACACACAACAGAUUAAGCUCAGAAUUACCAGGAUGGGCGGGGAAGAGGCUGUAACAAGUGGAAAUUCACUUAAGAGGAUUAUUGUGGUUGUUAGUUCCCUCCCGAUCUUCUCAAGGAUGCCAGGCAAUGCCGGCCGGAAUGGAAUCACAAGCAAACUAAUGGUUUUCUUUAUGAGUUUUUUAGAUACUAAAGUGAAAGAAACGAGUGGCAACAUUCCAGGAUGAUCUGCUGUGGCUAUUACCUGUUCGGAGCGCAAGGUGAUCCGUUCGCAGGCAUGCUUCUGUACCAGAGAGCCGUUUCCUGACCGGUUCCUUGGCUGGCAUCCUGCUGAGGGACAUGAGGACCAGACCUGCUGGAAUCGGAAAAGUUAAUGCUGACUGGAUGGGUUCGCUUCCCUCCAAACUCAGUGCCAUGCCUCUGAAGUACCUCGCCGUACCAGGUUCUCAUGACUCCUUCACCUUCUGGGUGGAUGUGCAUGCCCCAGUGGGCCCUGAUCAGAAGGCUUAUGUAAAGUACCUGGCCACUAUGUUCAGUGUGUUAGCCAAGAAAGUCAUGGUGAAGUGGUCAAUGACACAGAACCUGACAUUUCGGGAGCAAUUAGAUGCAGGAAUCCGUUAUUUUGAUCUCAGGGUAUCUUCUAAACCUAGUGAACCAGGAAGUGAGAUCUAUUUCAUCCAUGGUCUCUUUGGACACAAGGUGAGGGAUGGCCUGUUAGAAAUUAACUCCUUCUUAGGCAGACACAAGAAAGAGGUUGUGUUUUUGGACUUCAACCAUUACUAUGCAAUGGAUGCAGAGCACCACGUGUACCUCAUCCAUAUGCUCCAGCAAGUGUUUGGCAGUAAGCUGUGCAGCAACUGUGCAGUGGAGAACAUCACCCUGAACUUCCUGUGGGAAAAGAAAUACCAGGUCAUUGUGUUCUACCAUCAUCCUUCAGCACAAGGUAUCCCAGUCAUGUGGCCAGGCAAUAAAAUCCCUGCUCCUUGGGCAAACACCACAGAGCCCAACAAGCUUAUACAGUUCCUGGAAACUACAUUAAAAGAAAGAAACAAACAGGGAUCCUUCCAUGUCACCCAGGCCAUCCUCACUCCUACGGUCAACACUGUGGCCAAGGGUUUGGUCUGGGGGCUGCGUGAUUACCUGGUAGAAAGAAACCUGCCAGUCAUAAUGUCUUGGGUCCAGACUCAACGGCCAGGGAAGGAUGGAGUCAACAUCAUCACUUCUGACUUUGUGGAGCUCACUGACUUUGCCAACAUUGUGAUUAAACUCAACAACGUGCUGCUGUCAGAGUCGGAAUGCAAAACCAAGAUGACACAUGUCCCAUGUUUGAACAAAGGUUGGAAGGCGUAGUUUAUUCAUCUUGUUUGAAUAAAAUUGCAUUACUAAUGCACAUGACCUUAUUGAAUUUUAGCAGGAUUUUCAUAUGGUUCACAGUCAGCUCUUCUGCUACAGAUCUUCAGUUUCUAAACAAAUGAUUCAAGUUAAAUGCCAGGUUUACUGUCAUUUUUAAGCCUUUAAAUAUUCCUGGAACUCUUCAGUUUUAGCUGCAGCCAAUUCUUUUAGCCUAAAUAUUUUAAAUACAGCAAAGAGGAGUUUGGGAAAGUAAGGAUCAGUUCAGGGAAAACUGAGAGUGGUGUGAGAGAGUGAUGACUCUAUUUCUUGCAAGAUGCGACAAAUAUUGCCACUAUGAAUAUAAACUUCUACACAGAUCAGCCAUUUCACCAGUACUCUACCUGUUACCAGUGUUAUAAUAAUCAUAGAACAGAAACAUAUAAACAUCUGACAUCUUCAUACGUUAAUUAUCAAAAUGGUAUGUGAGAUAUAUCAUAUAAAACAGAUGCAUUGGCACAGCAUUAACAAACUUGUCCAGCUAUAAUAAAACAAAGUACAUCCUUGUUUCAUUUCUUUGGUUUUACUAGUUAUAGUAAAAUCGAUCUAGUCCAUAUAAGGUUCUAAAAUUAUGUAAGCUGACCCCAAGUUAACAAUGCAUCCAACAAUCUCCACCAAGUCUGUUUAUUAAACAGAAACAAGGCUAAAAUUAAAAAGGCACAUGUGAAAAAAUACCGCAAUUAAAAGUAACUGUUUCUGUACGACAACAUCAGUCCGGUAUCAUUUUGGAGAAAACUGUCAACUUUCUAUGUGCAACAUUGCUACAUUUCUGGCAUAGAAUAGUUUCCGCCAAACUUUAGUAGUGGAGUGAUAGGAGGAGCUUCUGCUUACGCAAUGACAGCAAGGUGACCAGAUUCUGGGGCUGCAAAACAAGCUUAAGUUAUCACUAGUCCACCAUCAUGCUUAAAAGCUGGUGUAAGGUGUUUGAUUUGAUAAAUUUGCUGGGACAUCCAGACUUGGAAACUUUGGCAGCUGAUGUUAGAUAUUUUCCACUUGUGAAUAAUAUUUCUCAUAAUACAAUGCAAACUGCUAAAAGUGCCCGGCUUUAAUACAGCUGGUCAAACUUGUUGAUGAUCCGUCAAUUAAGUGAAUUUCAUCAGCAGCACCUGAUUGUUACUUACCCUCCUAAAUUCUAAAAAAGCUGCAAAGGAGGACUUAUAAAGCAUUUCUAUUUAGGCUUUGUAUGUAUUUAUUUAUUUUAAAAAAUGUUAAACCUGUUGAUUGUGUCUGUUUAAAGAUUACAAAAAGUUGAACCUAGUAAUAACCACGUUGUAAAUAUACCUAAAUACCAAAACCCCUACCACUGAAAAAGGGGUGCACUUCAGUAAAAGGUAAUGAAAAGCCUAGUUUGGCUUUUUAAUAAUGAACUUUCUCAGCAAUGCUGCUUUUAGUUAAUUUUUUAUUUAUAGGUUUGGGCUAGGAGCCUACUGGGGCAGCUGUGUCUCAACAUGAAUUGCAUUUAACAAGAGCUAUAGACGGCGACACCUUAAGGGCAUCAAUUCUAAAAGGCUAAAUAUGUGUGGAACCUUUGCCACAAUCCCCACAAAACAUAUGCACCCAUUCAAAUAAACAGCUAUACAUUUUUAGUGUUAUAGUUUGUUGGGUUUGAUGCAGAAAUAGAAGCAGUCUCUAUUCAGAGGAAUGCUGGGAAAAUCUUGAGUAACCUAAAUAUAUAGCCAUUAAAUAAUAUAUAAAUCAAGGUAUGCAUGCUAACUGUAGAAACAGUGUUAACUGUAUACUUGCAUCUGUCUUAGAGUUGUCUGCAUCAGUAUGUGUUCCUAUUUGUGUAUGUGUUUGUGCCUUGCAGGCUUAGUGUUUACUAUGCAUGCCAUAGACAGCAGUGCUCUGAAUUUCUGGAGUUUUAUAGUUAGAAAAGGGGGGAAAUGGGGAGCAAGAUAGCAAAGAGUCUCUAAUGUGGCAGAAAUUAUUUAUAUAUGGAACAAGUGUGUGACAGAAGGGGAAGAAUUCAAGUUGACCAAAGUUAAAUAUCUGAAUGAAGCUUUAUCCUCAGCAGCAGUGGCAUCUAAAAGAGGACUAUGAUGAUUUUGUUUUCAUAUCUGCUUUGCCACUUCUCUUCACACCAUAAGCUCACUUGUGCGAAACGGCCUGCUUCUGUCAAGGCCACAUUGUUGACACUGUUCAGUGUGGUCACCGAGCACUAUGAGGUCCAUGAUCACACUGAGACACAACCAGAGGCACUUUAAUUGUGGAGUAAUUACAAAUACCAUGGCAGACAAGUGGGAGAGCAGCAGCUGCAGCAGCAGCAGCAACAAACUAAACUGAAAGCAUUCCUCUGUUGUUUAGAUUGGUCCCCUCUCAUUCUCCCUGUGUCCUACUUCACUGUAUUCCAGCUGGCUUCCAGGGCUUCAAAGGAGAGAAUGACAACGAAGGCAAGAUCUGUAUGUUUUUAAUAAAUAAUAAGACUUG